AUGAUGCUAGUGCUGAAGAAGGAGGCGGCCAAGAAAUCACCAACGCACAGGAGAUCGCAGUCGCACUUAAACAGCAGCACGAGAUCACCGCAGCAACUUUCACCUCCUCUUCUGCUGGGCGAUCACGUACCACUAUCUGGUGGGGUACGUCGUGGUUGUGAUAUUCCACCCAGGAUCUACGGACUCCCGAGGGUGCACAAAGAAGGAAGACCACUAAGGCCGGUGGUUUCGACGGUUGGGUCAGCAACCUAUAAUAUGGCUCAACUCUUGUCGAACAUCCUAGGGAACAUCGUGGGGAAAACUGAAUACCAUGUUAUUAACAGUUUUGAAUUUGCGGAAGAGGUAACAGGCAUGCAGGUUCCAGAGGAACACGUCCUGUUUUCACUGGACGUUAAGUCGCUGUACACGAAUGUUCCUGUUGCGUACGCCUUGGAGUGUAUAGAGGCAAGGUGGGACGAGGUAGCGAAAUACACAAGGAUAGACAAGCGUGGUUUCCUAGCGGCGGUUGAAUUAACUUUGAAUUCGACUUUCUUCGUCUAUCGGGGUGUGAGCUACUCACAAACUUUCGGAGUGCCGAUGGGAUCACCGUUGUCACCGGUGAUAGCCAACAUCGUAAUGGAGAGGUUAGAGCAGGAAAGCAUACGUAAGCUGGAGGGACAUCGAAUCAGUAUGGUGGUGUACAGACGGUAUGUUGACGACUGUUUCUGUAUCGCACGUAAGGAGCACGUGGACAAAAUUCUCGAGGUGUUCAACGGUUUCCAUGACAGAUUACAGUUCACGGUGGAAUAUGAGGAGGAUGGACGUCUUAAGUUUUUGGACAUGAUGCUGUUCCAAAACAACGGACGUGUGGAGAAAACUUGGCUGCCAAAACAAGAAAACGGGCGUUAUUUGGAUUACAACUCCGAGAGUCCUUUCACGCGCAAACGCAACACAGCGAUCGCUCUGGCGGAUAGAGCGAUCAAACUCACGGAUGCGGAAAACCGCCCACAAGCAAUAGACAUGGUUAAAAGGAUAUUGAAAUGCAAUAAUUAUCCGGAAUGGUUCAUUUUAAAUGUCCUAAAGCAAAGAGUACAUAAGCAUUACAAUAGACUGGAAGAUGGGAGAGAGGUGGAGGAGACAAAGUAUGUUUCCACACCUUACAUCCCACACUUAAGGUCGCAGAAAAAUGUGGUGUACUCCGUACCGUGUGGAACCAAUGACGGUAAGGUGUAUAUUGGACAAACAGGGAGAAAACUGGACACACGAAUAAACGAGCACAAAAAUGACGUCAGAAGAAACGACAACAGAACAGGAUUAACGCAACACACACUAUGUGACGGACACAUUUUCAACUUUGACGAAACUAAAAUAGUAGAACGAAUUGCUGACCAGGAAAGCAGGAUUGCAGCGGAGACAUUCCACAUCAAGCUGGCAGGCGAAAACAACACAGUCAACCUCCAACGUGAAUGUGGAACGUUCAACGCAAACUACAAUGCGUUAGUGGUUAAGCUGAGACAGAUGACGAACGAUGAGCGACGACGACGAGAAUCGAAAACCAACGACGAAUAUCACAACCACGACGUACCCCACCAGAUAGUGGUACGUGAUCGCCCAGCAGAAGAGGAGGUGAAAGUUGCUGCGGUGAUCUGA